AUGGCAGAUAUAGAUAACCAGAAUUCAGCAGCGUCUGCGACGUCAGCUUCCAGUUCUCCACAAGCUUCGUCGCCGAAAAAGGAGAAAAAAACUAAAAAUCCGAGAACGAAACCAUCUCAUCCACCUACUUCAGAAAUGGUCAAUAACGCUAUUAAAGGUUUAAAGGAACGUGGAGGGUCUUCACUUCAAGCUAUCAAAAAAUACAUCGCAGCCAAUUAUAAAGUGGAUGCAGAAAAGGUUGCUCCUUUCAUUAAGAAGUAUCUAAAGGCAUCAGUUGCUUCAGGUUCAUUGGUACAAACGAAAGGUAAAGGUGCGUCCGGUUCUUUCAAGUUAGCUUCUGCAACAUCUUCAGGUUCAGCUAAGCCUAGUUCUAACGACAAAAAGAAGAGCGCUAGUGGAAAAGCUAAAAAAACUACGACAGUAAAACGUAGUAUAACAACAACCACCACCACCGGAGAAAAACCAAAAGCAGCCAAAAAAUCAGCGAAGUCAAAGAAAGCUCCGACAGCAGAAAAGAAAGCCACUAAAGCGAAAAAAGAUGAUAAGAGAACUGGUGCUUCAAAAAUUGCCACAUCAAUUGCUUCACCUGCAAAAGUUAAGACUCCGACAAAGGCCAAAAAGUCAAACAAAGGUAGUCCAACCAAGAAACCUAAAGCACCUAAACCGAAAACUGCAAAAGCCGCCAGUUCUCCAAAAGCGAGAAAAGCAGCUUCCCCCAAAAAGAAGAAGUAA